AUUACACGCCAAGAUGCUUUCUCCGCCCGUAAUAUUCAAAUGCCCCCAUUCCUCAAUCAUUCCACCUUUCUCCAAAAUCCUCUCAUUAGGGUUCUACAAGGGUUUCUCCUUACGUAUAACAAUGGAAAAUCAAACCAGUGAAAUCAGCUUUUGAUCAUCCGUUUAUAGAGACAAUUCAUAUAUACAACAGUUAUUAGUUGAUCAAUGGCUGCUUAUCAACCGAUCAGAGGUAACGGGCCUGGUUUACAGUUUUUGAAUUUUCCAUUUGGAGACACCACGCAUACCAAGGUUUUUGUUGGAGGAUUGGCAUGGGAGACACAUAGCGAGACGCUGCAUCGUUAUUUUGAUCAAUUCGGAGAUAUUUUAGAGGCUGUUGUCAUCACUGAUAAACAUACAGGGAGAUCUAAAGGCUAUGGGUUUGUAACAUUUCGUGAGGCUGAAGCUGCAGAAAGGGCUUGUGUGGACCCCACUCCAGUUAUUGAUGGUAGGAGGGCAAAUUGUAAUUUGGCAUCCCUUGGGAGGGCCCAACCUUCUUUCACAUAUGGACAUGUGGGACCCACAGGACACUACUUGUGGGGUCCCCAAAACAUGGGAGGACCCUAUCAUCAACCGGUUCCUUAUGGUUAUCAACAAUACCCUUAUUCUUUAUAUGGAUAUUCAGCAUAUGGACCCGAAUAUGUCUUUCCUCAGGUUCCAUAUAAUCCUUGUGUGGGUCACCACCACCCUCAGAUGUUGGGCAGGAAUUGUAACACCUGCUCCUAA